CCUGCCAUGAAUGUGGACGUGGAGUUUCAUAUUCGCCACAACUACCCUUGGGCCCGCCUCCCCGCCAUCGUCAAACAGGGUCUUGGAAACUCACAGCGAGAAUAUGAAAAGCAGGUUGUACUCUAUAGUAUCCGCAAUCAGCUACGAUACAGGAAUAACUUAGUUAAGCAUGUCAAGAAAGAUGAACGAAGGUACUAUGAGGAACUUUUAAAAUAUAGUCGAGAUCAUCUCAUAUUAUACCCCUACCACUUGUCUGAUAUCAUGGUGAAAGGCCUGAGGAUAACCCCCUUUUCAUACUACACAGGAAUAAUGGAGGACAUAAUGAACAGUGAAAAAAGCUAUGAUUCGUUACCCAAUUUCACUGCUGCAGACUGUCUAAGACUUCUUGGCAUAGGAAGAAACCAGUACAUUGAUCUAAUGAACCAGUGUCGAUCAUCAAAAAAAUUUUUCAGAAGGAAGUCCGCUCGUGAUCUGCUACCCAUGAAGCCAGUGGAAAUUGCCAUAGAGGCUUGGUGGGUGGUACAAGCUGGCUAUAUAACGGAGGACGACAUAAAGAUUUGCACUACCUCUGAAAAAUCGGCUAUUGAUAAGAUCAUUGAUUCAGGCCCUCAGCUCGCUGGAUCACUGGACUACAAUAUAGUUCACAGCUUAUAUAAUAAAGGUUUUAUUUACCUUGAUGUACCAAUAUCAGAUGACAGUUGUAUAGCAGUGCCUCCCCUCGAAGGCUUUGUGAUGAACAGGGUGCAGGGGGAUUACUUCGAAACCCUCCUCUACAAGAUAUUCGUUUCAAUAGACGAACAUACGAAUGUGGCAGAGCUUGCAAACGUCUUGGAGAUAGAUUUGUCGUUGGUAAAGAAUGCUGUUUCCAUGUACUGUCGGUUAGGGUUUGCCCAUAAAAAGGGCCAAGUGAUAAAUCUGGAUAAUCUUCAUUCAUCAUGGCGGAAUGUUCCCUCUAUAAACAGGCUGAAAAAUACUUUAGAUCCACAGAAGAUGCUGUUGUCGUGGGACAGUACAGAAAGCAGGAGUCCCAUACAGGAGGCUGGGUCGUCUGCAACAGAUACAGACACAAACAGUCAAGACGAUCAAGCAGAUACAGCAAGUGUGAGCAGCUUAAGUCUGUCUAGUGGGCACACAAAGCGCAUCGCUUUCCUGUUUGAUUCGACUCUCACUGCCUUUCUAAUGAUGGGGAAUCUUUCACCGAAUUUGAAAAGCCAUGCAGUCACCAUGUUCGAAGUUGGAAAAUUGUCAGAUGAGUCACUGGACAGUUUUCUUGUAGAACUUGAAAAGGUUCAGAGCACAGGAGAGGGAGAAGCGCAGCGGUACUUUGAUCAUGCACUCACUCUGCGAAACACUAUACUCUUUCUGAGGCACAACAAGGACCUGGUGGCUCCAGUUACACAGUCUGAACCACCCAAUAACGGCUUCCCUCUGGAUUUGCUGCGCUGUGAAAGCUUGCUCGGUCUGGACCCUGCGACGUGUAGUAGAGUUCUGAACAAAAACUACACCCUGCUCGUCUCCAUGGCGCCCCUCACCAAUGAGAUCCGGCCCAUCAGCAGCUGUACGCCUCAGCAUAUUGGACCAUCCAUUCCCGAGGUUAGCUCAGUGUGGUUCAAGCUCUACAUUUAUCACAUCACUGGACAAGGACCCCCAUCCCUUUUGCUGUCUAAAGGAACGAGACUUCGGAAACUUCCGGAUAUCUUUCAGGGUUAUGAUCGCCUAUUAAUAACGUCUUGGGGGCACGACCCGGGAGUGGUCCCGACUUCAAACGUGCUCACCAUGUUAAAUGACGCUUUAACCCAUUCCGCUGUUCUGAUUCAGGGGCACGGUAUGCAUGGUAUUGGGGAGACUGUCCACAUGCCAUUCCCCUUCGAUGAGAUGGAACAACAAGGAGAAUUUUCUCGUGUCAACAUGGGUGCCCACAGAGCGCUGAGGACCUUAAGGGAAAAGAUGGAUCUGCAGCACUUCUGUGGCUACGUGACCAUGCUGAACCCUUCCAGUCAUCUUGUGCACAGAAAGCUGAGUGAUGCCUCAGAUGGAAAAGGCGAGGCAGAGCUGGCACUAGGCUCGGAUGUAAAUGGGAGCACAGAAUCGUUUGAGAUGGUCAUUGAAGAGCCACCCGUGGAUCCUGCAGCUAAGCAGAGUCCUGAAGUUCCCACAACAGAAUUGGAAUGGGUUCCCUUGGAGCUGUGCUUUGGCAUUCCGCUCUUCAGCUCUGAAUUAAACCAGAAGGUCUGCCGAAAAAUUGCUAGUCAUGGACUGUGUAGCAAAGACAGCCUGAAAAAACUGUUACAUUCCAGUAGAAAACUUUCUCUACAAGUCCUUAGCUUUGUUCAUUCAUUCCAGGAAAGCAUUUCAACGAUGGAGCUCCUCUCCGAGGCCAGUUUUUCUUCCUCUUCGAGUUUACUUUCUCCUCCCACCGGCACAGACACGGGAGUCCCGCUUCCCGCGAAGAAUCUAAUGUUCAAGGAUGGGGUAUUAUCGGAAUGGAAUGGACGGUCUCCUUCCUCUGUCCUUAUUGCAACCGUGCCCUAAGAACACCUGAAGUAG